AUGGUCGUGAAGCGAUCCAAGCAGCCUGAUGAUGAGGCUUUUGGCGGACCAGUGCGUUCCCUAAAAGGGCCAUAUCUUCUACUCCGAGUGCACACCUUCAACGUCACCGGUAUUGUCGCCGGCUCUGAAUGUUACCGGCGCCGACUGUCUAUCCUUAAUGCCCGGCCUUCCAGGCUGCCUGGACCAAAGCUCCUACACCAACUGGUGAAGGAGCCGGGCCAACACGUAGCCCUGGAUUAUAUGGGUAACGGUCGGCAAUCCACGUUGACCUACAGCGAGCUUCAUGAAGCUGCAGCGUCCAUUGCGACUCGCAUAACAACAGCAUCAGGCAAUGUCACUGGACAGUUUGUUGUUCCUGUGCUCAUCCACCAAUCCCCUCUUCUAUAUAUCUCACUCUUGGCCAUCUUGAAGUCCGGAGGGGCUUUCUGUCCUCUCAAUAUCGAUGCGCCGCCGGAACGCGUAAAAUUCAUUCUUGACGAUGUCUCAGCAACAGUGGUUUUGACCACGAAAGAACUGGCAUCUGAAAUACCCUGCGAUACCAGUGCAACUAUAAUCAUCGUUGAUGAGUAUGAAGAAUAUCAAAUCCCUUCUCGAUCUCCAAGAGUCGAGCUCAAAUAUCGAGUGCCUCAGCCAGAAGAUCUAGCCUAUGUCAUGUAUACAUCAGGAUCAACAGGAACUCCCAAAGGCGUGGGAAUUUCGCACGAUGCUGCAUCGCAAGCUCUUAUUGCCCAUGAUAGACAUAUCCCACCAUUCUCCCGCUUUCUGCAGUUUGCAGCACCGACAUUUGAUGUCUCGGUCUUUGAAAUAUUCUUCCCAUUCUUUCGAGGUGCUACUCUCGUGAGUAUUCGGCGGGCUGAGAUGUUAGAUGACCUUCCUGGCGUGCUUCGCGCUAUGAGAGUGGAUGCCUGUGAACUCACACCAACAGUCGCUGGAAGCCUGUUGCGCCGAAGAGAAAAUGCGCCAGACCUCAAGUUGCUUUUGACAAUUGGAGAAAUGCUCAACGCCCCAGUAGUUGAGGAAUUUGGAGGGGACAAUGAGAGGCCGAGCAUGCUCUGGGCAAUGUAUGGACCAACCGAAGCCACAAUCCACUGUACUCUUCAAACUGCGUUCUCGUCUGAUUCCUCGACGGGCAAUAUUGGCGUACCCCUCGAUACAGUGUCGUGCUUCAUUAUCGAGAUUCCAGAGUCAGAUAGCCACGAAUUUGAAAUUAAAAUUCUUCCGCAGGGAGAGGUUGGAGAGUUGGCUGUGGGUGGCUACCAGUUAGCUGCUGGCUACAUCAACAGACCGGAGCAAACAAAUUCAGUCUUCCUUGAUUCACCGUUUGGGCGCAUCUAUCGUACGGGGGACAAAGCUCGCUUACUACCAAAUGGAAAACUUGAAUGCUUCGGUCGAUUAUCAGAUGGCCAAGUGAAGCUGAGAGGACAACGUUUGGAGUUGGGGGAAGUAGAGCAGGCUGUCCUUCGAACCUCAGGAUGUCACAGCGCCGUGGCAGCGAUAGUACAAUCUAUCCUGAUAGUGUUCUGUGCCGUCGACGAAGGAGUGACUGAGUUUUCUAUUUUGAAGCAUUGCAAAGAUUGGCUGCCGCAGUAUAUGGUCCCUGGAGAAGUUGUCCUGAUGUCAGAAUUUCCAAGAUUACCCAGUGGCAAGGUUGACCGGAAGAGGCUCAAAGCAGAGUACGAACAACGCAAAGCUGACAUAUCAGAGAGCAUCUUGGACUCCGCGCCGGUUGACACAAUGGAAUCAGAGCUUCUGGCAGUUGUGUCUCAGAGUUUGAAUUUCAAAGUCGAUAAGUCGACGUCUCUCACCUUGAUUGGGAUGGAUUCUCUCAAAGCAAUCAAGUUAGCCUCUGCUCUUCGCACUUCUGGGUUUGGGAUAGACUCAACUGCUAUUCUCACAAUGAAAACUGCGUCUGAAAUUGUUUCUGCCAUCCGAAGGCAGCCGCAAUCCGAUAUAGACAACCCUCAACAAGCGUCAAAAGAUCUUUCAUUAGACUUUGAGGAUAUUGUACAACAAGACGCCAGCUUGGCUCGAAUUCGUGGCUCAGUCGAGGACGUUAUACCAUGCACGCCUCUUCAAGCAGCAAUGCUAGCCGAGACUGCACGGAACCCAACAACCUAUUGCAACGAGCUUGAGCUUAGUAUUCCGCUAGGUUAUGGCAUCAAUCAUAUAUCAGAGACUUUCAGGGAACUUUCACAGCAGAAUGCAAUUCUGCGUGCAGGGUUUGCAGCUGCAAAGGGCAACUUCGUUAUGAUUUUCCAGCCGGAACUCCGACCCGAACAGAUCUGCGUUGUCGACCAGUUUCAAAAACGACUGUGCCUCUCCUCACCACAGGACUUUAUAUCUCCCUUGAUACUCCAGAUCCAGCGAAGUCCAGUAGAAGAUAGCGUCCGUGUUCUUUUACAACUGCAUCAUUCUCUAUAUGAUGGAUGGUCUAUGGAUAUUCUUCUUUCUGAUUGGUCCAAACUACUCCUGCGACAACAAGUAUCUCAGCGUCCUCCAUUCCGGGAAGUUGUCAGAUUUUAUCAUGAUCUGCAAACAGGCGAUGCCACCCGAGUAUUCUGGACGGAACAUCUCGCAGGAUGGAAACGAUCGCCAUUGCCCAAGCUACGCAAGCUCAAGAAGCUGGCUUCAUUACAGCCCGGCGAAAGCCUCUACGAUGUGCUUUUUGUAUACCAGGAAUCUCUCGCCAGCUCGGAGCGGAUACACAACGUUGUGAGAGAGACAAGUCAUCUGGACCGACUAGAAACACCGAUCGUGUUUGAGGUUGAGCCAAGAGAAGAUGGAUUCGAGCUUCAAGUUACAUAUCAAGAGGACUUCGUGUCCCCUGAAACAGCAGAACAUAUGGUGAACCAGCUUGAGUCAUUGAUUAUCUCCAUGCUGGAGAAUCCUACCACCAAGGUCAAAGCGACACUGAAGGAGAUCAGCUGUAGCCCGUCCAUCAACAACAUCCGGCCUACCAUACCACAGAAAAUCCCUGACUUAGCGCGACUUUUUGAAGAAGUUGUGCUUCAAACUCCGGACUCUGAUGCUCUACUAUUUGCUCACUCUUUGGACGGCGGAUACCAGACGAAAUGGACAUUUCAAGAGCUCAACGCAGUGGCAAAUCGCAUUGCGAGAUAUCUCCAUUGCAGCGGUGUCAGGGUUGGCGAAGUAGUGGCUAUUGUGAUGGAGAAGUCACCAACUUUGUACGCAUCAAUCCUGGGCAUCAUCAAGUGUGGUUGUGGAUAUCUUCCAAUUCUUCCAUCAACCCCUAGUGCUCGCAUUAGCGAGAUUCUACAGCAGGCCCAGACUGAGCAUUGCGUUGUCGAUAACGUGUCUUGUGACCAAUACCCAUCUCUGGCUGAGCUUUCUACGAUAACUGUCGAUACCAACUCGCUCCAUGACAUAUCCACGGACAAUCUGGUCGUUGAAGUUGAUGGGACUCGACUAGCGUACGUGAUUUACACGUCGGGAACGACAGGAACCCCAAAGGGUGUUGCAAUUCAGCAACAUAGUAUGGCUGCAAACAUCGAGCAUCUCGUGGCACUGUAUCCCAAGUGUCUCAAUUCACAGGGCCGUCUUCUACAAGCAUGCUCUCAAGCAUUCGACGUGUCAGUAUUCGAGAUAUUUUAUACAUGGUGCGCAGGGAUGUGUCUGUGUUCAGGGACAAAUGACACAAUCUUGGAAGACAUUGAGCGCUCAAUACGCGAACUUGGUAUCACCCACCUCAGCAUGACACCAACAGUUGCCAAUAUCGUUAACCCUGCUAAUGUCCCCGGCGUGGAGUUUCUUGUGACUGCCGGAGAACCCAUGACACAGUCUGUCUAUGAGAAAUGGCAACGCCAGUUGUGGCAGGGGUACGGACCAUCGGAAACCACAAAUAUCUGCACAGUGAAGAAAAUGACAGCAGAUGACCAUAUUGAGCACUUAGGGCACGUGUUUCCUAAUACCUCUGUUGUGGUACUCUACCCAGAAAGUUCUGACGUAGUUCCCCUUAAUUGGGUCGGCGAGUUCUGUUUUGGAGGUGCCCAGGUCGCUGAAGGUUACCUCAACAUGCCAGAGCUCACAUCUCAAAAGUUCAUUCAACAUCCCCAGUACGGAAGGCUUUACAGAUCUGGAGAUAUGGGUCGCAUGCUUCCUGACGGUUCCCUGCUGAUACUUGGUCGUAUCGAUGAUCAAGUAAAAUUAAGAGGCCAGCGAAUCGAAGUUGGUGAGAUCAACAGCACGGUGACCUUGAGUGGUCUGGCAUCCUCAGCUGCUACAAUAUUGGUGCAGCGCGGAGAGACUUCCCCCCAGCAACUAUCUCUCUUCUUCAUUCCGAAUCAUGACCCUUCUAGCUUUGAUGUGUUGGAAAUCAACAGCGAAACCCAUCAGUCCCUGCUCGCACACCUCAAAUCGCGAUUGCCAAGCUACAUGGUCCCCACUUACCUCAUACCAAUCUCAUCAAUACCCAUGACUUCGAGUGGAAAGAUAGAUAAGCGCCGACUUCGUGACUGCUUUAACAGCUUGGGUAUGGACUACCUCGAAGAAGCCUCUAGAAUGUCCUUAGACACUCAAGACGAGGGUGAUUGGAGCCAGUCAGAAUUGAAAGUUGCAGAUACCCUUCUCAAGUCUGUGGAUGUAUCCAGGAAUGACUUCGGUAGAUGGACACCCUUUGCUCUUCUCGGCAUAGACUCUAUAUCUGCUAUUGACUUAGCACGCAAUCUCAGCUCAAAACUUGGUUCUCGAGUUGCUGUGUCUGAGAUCCUUCGCAACCAAACUGUUGCGCAGUUGGCGAGAUAUCUGGAUGGAAAGACAUCACAAAAAAAGGAAGCCCCAGUCGAUAGUCUUGAAGACUUUUUCGCCGCCACCUUCGUUGACUCAAUGAAAAAAGAGUUUGCCAAAGAGGCAAAGACCAUAAGGGAGAUCUUGCCAUGUACUCCUUUACAGGAGGCGAUGCUUUCCCGCGGCCAAAGGGGUUACUAUAACAAGGUCCUCCUACGCCUGACAACUACAUCUGGAGCCAUGAGGUCAUACUGGAAAACCAUGUCGUAUAGGCAUGAUAUUCUUCGGACCUGCUUUGCGGCGACAACAGAUUCCCGACGUGCCAUUGCUCAGAUCGUCCUCGAGAGCUGGGAAAUACCGUGGAAGACGUUCGUUGUGAGUGAAUUGUCUUUCGAUGGGGCGAUUGAGCAACAUCUCAAGUCUCUCCCUGAUCCAGUAGAUUCAAGGACACCACCGAUAUCUCUAGCGCUACUGAGGUACCAUGGAUCCGAGUUUCUGUCAUUCAUCUGCCAUCACGCUCUUUACGAUGGUGUGGCAAUGGAACGACUUCUCAAGGAGGUGGAAGCAUUGGCCGCUGGCGAGGAACUACCACCGACAGUCCCCUAUAGUCAGUUUCUGAAACUGUCCACUCGCUUGCCCGAUGAUGCAGAACAGUUUUGGCAACGGCACUUUGAGAACUACAAACCAUCUGUAGUCUUUCCCCAGACAACUACGAGUGAUGUUGACCAGAGCACCUGCACCACAUCUAUGGAUAUCCCUCUCAGCGAUUUGCAGUUGCGUAUUCGAGAUCUCGGGUCAACCCUACUUUCGGUUUGCCAAGCCAGCUGGGCCACUGUCCUUGCAGCCGCAUACAGACGUACAGACGUGUGUUUUGGAAAUGUUGUCAGCGGCCGUACUCUUGACAUCGAAGGUCUCGAAAGACUCGUUGCACCCUGUUUUAAUACCAUCCCUGUGCGCGUCGACUUUCCAGAAGCAUCAAGUAAUCUUGAUCUGCUUAAGCACCUUCAAAAGAUGAAUACAGAGCUUAUUGCCUACCAAUUUACUCCUCUGAGGCUUAUCCAGCGUAGCAUCAAUCGCACUGGGAAGCAUAUAUUUGAUACGCUUCUACUGCUGCAAAAGCCAUUACAAGACAUCGACAAGAACGUCUGGACACUUGAAGGAGAUUCUGGAGAUAUAGAUAUCCCCUUGGUGUGCGAAAUCGUCCCUUGCCCUGGGUUGAACUCACUGGUUGUCAAUAUUCACAGGGACAUGAGUAUUGUCACUGAGGAAGUUGCCACGGCUAUGGCUGAUGUUUUCAAACUUACAUUGCGAGCCAUUCUGACGGCUCCCCAUGCAAGUGUAUUGAACAAGAAGGAUCUUCCCGACACCCUCAGGUCAAUAAUAGACCAACUCGUACCUCGAACUGAGAAAGACAAUACAGCGGUGAUACUUUCGAACGAAAAGGAAGAAUGGAGUGAGCUUGAGUUACAAGUUAGACAUGUCCUGGCCACCCUUUCAGGGGUGGGCGGUCAGCAUAUACAACGCCGCACAACCAUUUUCCAGUUGGGCCUCGACAGCAUCAACGCUGUGCAGGUGGCUUCGGUUCUACGUCAGCGCGGUUUCGUUGUAUCGGCCUCUGAUGUGAUUGAAUGCCCAAGUUGCUCUAAGAUAGCCGCAAAGCUACUGGAAAAUUCAUCGAGAGCAGAUGCUGGGUAUGCAUUGAAGUACGAUCUUGACAGAUUUUCACGACAAGUCCUCGCAGAGGUUGUUUAUCAACUACCCAAAUCAGUCAAAGUCGAGGCAGUCCUACCAUGCACGCCUGUCCAGUCUGCCAUGCUGGCAUCCUUCAUUCAGUCUGGAGGUGACAACUACCUCAACGCAGUGAGGUAUGAAGUGACGGAAGAUGUCCAGGUAGCGAACCUCGAAAGGGCUUGGCAGCAGCUUCAACAACGACAUCCUAUGCUGAGAACUGGCUUUGUGCCCGUGCAACAUGCAGAAUCCUCUUUUGCUAUGGUGAGGUAUGAAGCAGGAUCAAUAGAGACGACUAUGAACCGUCUGCACUUGGUUGAAGACGAAGAGGCCGACCUCAUCCAGAUGAAGACUGAUGCCAGCAAAUCGAUGCAUUCUUCGCUGCACCACCCACCUUGGAGUGUGAUUCUGGCUCAAACAUCCCGAACCAAGACCAUGAGCCUCAUCAUUCACCAUGCUCUCUACGACGCUCCCGCACUCCACUUGAUGCUUGAUGAACUUUCACAACUAGUCAAGGGCAAUCAACUAGCCCGACCUGCGACUAUCGAGCCUGCAGUAUCAGCUAUUCUCGGAAUGGCACUGAAUGACAAAUCUACAGAGAAGGAAUUCUGGGAGACCAAAGCUAGCGAGAUUGUUGUUAACAAGUUUCCAAUAAUGACACCCUUACGAGUUGAAGAACGACAAGUGCUAGUUGACUCAACAUAUAGUUUUCUGUCAUACACAAAACUCAGGGAAGCGACUCAAGCCUCAAAUAUCACAAUCCAGGCGGCCAUCCAAGCCGCUUGGACACGAGUACUGGCAUCUUAUUUGGGAGAGGACUCGGUUGUCUUUGGUGUCGCGCUGUCUGGAAGAACCAUUGACGAGACCAAGGAUAUCGCGUUCCCAUGCCUCAACACAGUGCCUGUUGUGGCAAGAAACGUUCCGUCUAAUGCCGACCUGAUCAGCUACAUGAUGAGCUAUAACCAGCACCUUCACAAAUACCAAUUCUCGCCGCUCAGUCAAGUGCAGAAAUGGCUAGGUCACCCCGCAGGCCCCAUAUUCGACACUCUAAUUGCGUACCAGAAAAUGCCAGAUCAGAACACUUCGGUUGUACCGUGGAAACUGGUCAACGAAGAAGCCAAAGUCGAGUAUCCAGUCUCAUUGGAGAUUGAACCCACGGGCGAUGAUCAAAUUCGCUUAAGCAUAACGUACUACAGCGACAUUCUUCCCCGUGAACAAGCGCAGCUGUUGAUGAAGCAGUUCGACGCUUCACUAACCCACAUCGCCUGUAAUGCUGCUGGUUUUGAGGACGAAGUGAUGAGAAAUUCUUUAUCCCUGUAUUCGAUACUUCCUGCAUCAGCCCCAGUAAUGGACACCCCCGUUCAGCUCUUACACCAAUUUGUUGAGAAUGGAGCAGUUUCUCAUCCGGAAAAAAUUGCUCUCGAGUUUGUAUCAGAGUUCGAGGGAGAUGCAUGUGUCAAGCAACAAUGGAACUAUCGUCAACUUGACUGCCUCGGUAACAAAAUUGCCAAAAUGCUUCAAAAUACGGUCUCCCCUGGCGGCAUUGUUGCGGUACACUUUGAUAAAUGCCCCGAGGCAUAUUUCUCAAUCCUGGGCAUUCUAAAAGCUGGGUGCUCGUUUGUCGCACUGGAUCCGUCUGCACCAAGAGCGAGAAAGGAGUUCAUUAUCGGAGAUUCCAAAGCACCUUGCUUGCUAACAAGGUGCUCUAAGGAUCUUGAUUUCGAAGCAAAAACCACGGUCAUGGAGAUAGAAACUCAGGCUUUGAACGACGUGACCGAGGAGCAUGUCGUUUUACACCCCAACAUAUCUCCAUCAGAUACUUGUUAUUGCCUCUAUACAUCUGGGACAACAGGAACGCCAAAGGGCUGUGAGAUCACUCACGAGAACGCUGUCCAGGCAAUGAUGGCGUUCCAGGAACUUUUUAAAGGUCACUGGGACGAGGACUCACGUUGGCUUCAAUUCGCUGCUCUCCACUUUGAUGUUUCCGUCCUCGAGCAGUAUUGGAGCUGGUCCGUGGGAAUGGCCGUCGUUGCUGCACCCAAAGACCUCAUACUCGAUGACUUGACAGCAGCCAUCAAUAGGCUGCGCAUCACACACAUUGACCUAACUCCAAGUCUUGCGCGACUCACACAUCCUGAUGAAGUUCCCAGUCUCUGCCGUGGUGUGUUCAUUACAGGCGGCGAACAGCUUAAACAGGAGAUUCUUGAUGUUUGGGGACCGCAAGCUGUCAUUUACAACGCAUACGGCCCUACUGAGGCCACUAUCGGUGUCACUAUGUUUCAGCGUGUGCCCAAAAAUGGCCGCCCUAGCAACAUCGGAAAGCAGUUCCCCAAUGUUGGUUCAUUUGUGUUCAAACAAAACACCAAUACGCCAGUCUUCCGCGGUGGCGUUGGAGAGCUUUGCGUGUCAGGGAAACUGGUGGGCAAGGGUUAUCUCAACAGACCCGAACUUACAACAGAGCGCUUCCCUACACUUGAAGAAUUCAACGAGAGAGUAUACAGGACCGGCGAUCUCGUCCGCGUGCUCCAUGAUGGGUGCUUUGACUUUCUCGGUCGGGCUGACGACCAAGUUAAGCUUCGCGGCCAGCGACUUGAAAUUGCCGAGAUCAAUCAUAUCAUCCGUACCGAUGUUGUCGAUAUUCACGACGCCGCAACUAUUGUGGCUCGCCAUGGAAGUAGUGGCAAGGACGUUCUGGUAACAUUCAUCGUUGACCAGAAGUCUCAAAAAGGUCCCCUUGAGAUCCUGAUGGAUCAGGAGGGCCUGGCUGCGCAAGCAAAAGAAGCCUGCCGUGCCAAACUUCCAGGGUACAUGGUACCAACAUAUAUCCUGUCACUUCCAUACAUACCCCUUUCCUCAAACAACAAGGCAGAAAUCAAGGACCUGAAAAGACUUUUCAGCGAACUUGCACCAGAGAAGCUCUUGGAGCUUUCUCAUGCCACAACAGCACCUGUUUCACAGGGGGCCCGGAAGAUAAUUGGCCGAUUGCUUGAGAGUAUCGCGCAGUUCAGCAACAUGAGCAAAAAUGACCUAUCGGCAUCGACAAGCAUCUUUGACGUUGGCGUGGACUCAAUCACAGCCCUCAGACUUUCCUCCCUACUCAAAUCCCGUGGCCUCAAAGCAGUAUCUCCUGCUUUGUUGCUUAAAAACCCCAUCAUCGGCGACCUUGCCAACUCCUUGGCCAAGAACACCUCAAAUCGACAAGAGAAACUUGUGCGAGAGGUCAAGCAGUCCAUCCAAGCAUAUGGCCAUCGACACCGUGGCAUGGUAUGCCGCCUCCUUAAUAUCGAGCCAGCUGAUGUCGAAUAUGUUGCCCCAUGCUCACCAUUACAAGAAGGCAUCAUAUCUCGGUCAUUGACCAACAACGAGCCCGGCGCUUACUUCAAUACUUUUGAGUUGAAGCUCCAUGAGUCUACUUCCUUAAGCAAGUUGAAAAAGGCAUGGGACGAUUUGGUACUAACAGAGAGCAUUCUGAGAACUGUCUUUGUACCCACCCAGAAUGGUUUCUUGCAAGCUGCCGUGCGAAAAUCUACCUUGGACUGGGAAACACACAUUGCACAAUCGGAUGAUUCGAUUCCUGCAUAUCUUGCAGAGCAGAAGAAGUAUUGGAUCCAGCGGAACGAGUCCUCUAUCACACAGCCUUUGCUAUUCAUCUAUGUUGAGACACCGACAUCUAGACUACUUACGAUUCAUAUUUUCCAUGCACUUUAUGAUGGUAACAGUUUUGAUCUCAUGAUGAAGCGGGUUGCGGCGAAAUAUUCAGGUGUUGACGCACCUGACGCACCUUCCUUUCUUCAAGCUCUUAGUUAUGGUCCUUUGGCAAAGCAUGAUAACUGCAGAGGUUUCUGGGAGAAACAGCUAGAAGGCUGGACUUCUGUUUCAAUCCAGGCGCAUGGAGAUGGCGAACCUGAUGCUGUAGCCGUCGCUGAGCGGGAAAUGUCGACCGCAAGUCUUGAGGCGAUUCGUUCUUCUCAGAAUGUCACGCUUCAGGCUGUUAUCAUGGCGUUAUGGACCUCUGCUCUGCAGAAGUUCACCCAGCAGCAGCCUACCGUUGGUAUCGUUGUAUCUGGGCGAACCAUCGACCUCCCUGGAAUCGAGAACACCAUCGGCCCUCUCUUCAACACCGUACCUUUCUAUUGUCGAGCGAUUCAUCACGAAAGCUGGCAGUCCCUUCUCCGGCGAUGUCAUGAUUUCAAUGCAUCGGUUCUCGAUUUCCAACAUGUCCCUUUGAAGGACAUCCAGAAGUGGUGCUCUAAGGGCAAAGCUUUGUUUGAUAGCCUCUUCACCUUCCAGAUCGAGGAGGCCACCGUCGCCAAUGAGAGCAGCCUCAUUUUUGAUAUUGGGGAUAGUCCAGCAACGCCUGACUACCCUCUUGCGCUUGAAGCCGUCCACGGUCGUUCGGGCAAUCUUCGACUGACUCUUGUCGCACAAGGACAUCUGGCGUCCUCACAAGUGCUGAAUAGGAUACUUGACGACAUUGAGCGCUUUGCAAGCCUGGCUGCAAGCUCACCAGAGAGCGAGGUGCCCAUCCCAGGCAUCGAGCAAAACUGCAACCCUGACACCAACAAUGAACGCAUCCAAACGCACGAAUCGAGCAAUUUUGAAUGGAGCCAAGAAGCUCAAAUUGUUCGGAACGAAGUAGCUUUCUUGGCCGAUAUCGCCCCCUCUGAACUCCAUGAAAAUGUACCGAUCUUAGAACUCGGUCUCGACAGCAUUGAUGUGAUCAAGCUUUCUACCACACUGAAGAAGAAAGGAAUGCACCUAUCCCCUUCACAUAUCAUGCGCCACAAGACGAUUGCCAAUAUACUGGCUGAGUCGAGUGAUCUUUCUCUCAAAGCGUCAACUUCUGCGGAUGAUGCUUCGCUGCUGCAGGUCAAGGCUAGGUUACGCGAAUAUCUUGAAGGGGUCGGUGCGGACCUGGGCCGCGUCGAAUCUGUUCUUCCACCCACCCAUCUUCAGGAGUCAAUGGUGGCUGGGAUGGUCCAGUCUGAUUUUGAAUCCUACUUCAAUCACGAUAUUCUUCAAGUGUCCGAUCAUGUUGACACUACCAGACUGAUCGACGCUUGGAAGGAAUUGAUUCAGCGUACACCUAUCCUACGGACAGGGUUUGUACAAGUCGCCCAGCAGAACCUGGAUAUGACAUAUUGCCAGGUCAUUGCAGAAUCUUGUGACGACGGCAUUGAAGUUACGACAGUUCAAAACUUGGAUGAGUUACGUCAACUCACCGUAGCAGCAACUGCAAAAGCCAGAAAAGGAGCAGGAGCAAGGUAUCUGGUUCAGUUGAGAUUGGCGAAUAUGGGCUCUCAUCGAUACAUGGUCCUUUCCAUGGCACACGCUCUUUACGAUGGAUGGUCCCUGAGUUUGCUCUUCCAGGAUCUCCAGGCACUGUUAGAAGGAAGGCUGAUUACCCGUUCUCCAGUAGAACCAUUCCUUAUAAAAGUACUGGGGUCCACGAACCAGGAGGCGAAGGACUUUUGGACACAGUAUCUGGAAGAUGCUUCGCCAUCGAUCAUUCCUUCGAGUGAAACGUGGCCCAGCCCAACUGAGAGCACCCUGCAAAGAUUGGAGUCCGCUUCCAAGAUUGGCCUCCCCGAAAUCGAAACCGCCUGUAAAAGGCUUUCUGUAAGCUUGCAGGCACUCUGCCAAGCUUGUUGGGCCAUCACACUAGCACGUCAAAUCAAGAAGCUCGACGUCCUCUUUGGCACAGUCUUGUCGGGUCGGGAUUUUGAUGGGGCAGACAAUCUCGUGUUCCCAACAAUGAAUACAAUUGCCCUGCGAUGUAUCCUGCACGGUUCAGUGUCCGAGUUUCUACGGUAUCUUGAGGAGAACAUGAUCGAUAUCAGAGACUCCCAGCAAUAUCCACUGCGAAAAGCCCAAUCAGCAACGAAGCUUAAUGGACAAGAUUUGUUCAACACCUUGUUCAUCCUUCAAAAGUCUCCGGUAGCUCAAUCAUCAGACCGACCCUUGUUCACAUCCAUUGAAGCGUCUUCGGCCACCGAGUAUCCCCUUUGCGUGGAAGCUGAAGCCACGUCUGAUACUCUCUUAUGGCGACUUGCUCUUCAGCCCCAGUAUGUCUGGGACGGAGGACCGGAAACUAUUUUGGAGACUUUAGAUGCUGUCAUGGGUUUCCUGAUACAGCCUGGCUCCCAGGAGAUCCUAUCUUUCGAGGAGCAUGGCGUGUCCAUCUGCGGUAUGGCUCCUGUCAUACUGGGCGAUGGAAGCAGUUCCGUGCCAGUUGAUCCUACAGAUCUACCGUCAGAAGAGGAUCGGGAGUUGUCCCAAAAUGAAGCGGAAAUCCGAAACAUUCUUCACCAGGUCUCGGGUGUUCCCCUUGCCUCAAUCAGGAUAUCCGAUAACCUUUACCACCUUGGCCUCGAUUCAAUUAGUGCCAUCAAAGUGUCAUCCCUCCUACGAAAGAUUGGAACAAACCUCCGCCCUCAAGAUCUUGUAAAAUCCUCAAAUAUUGCAGAAAUGGCUCAACGAGUCGCGCGAGCCCAAGCUAUACCGUCAGAGACUCUGGGAUUGACCGAAGAAUGGGUCCCACCAGACGAUAUCAAUCUUGAAGUUCUACUUCACGCCCAUGGAAUAGGAAAAGAAGAUGCUGAAGUACUUCCUGCAUUGCCAAUGCAAGUCUACAUGCUCGGUGCAUGGCAAAGAGCAAAGGGCUCCGUAUUCUUUCCUGAGUUCCCAUGUCAAAUUAAGACCUCAGUUGAUUUAAACGGCAUCCAGGCUGCCUGGGAUAAACUUGUGUCUGAAGUACCUCUCUUACGCACAUUUUUCAUUCCAACCCAAUCUCCAACUAUCCCGGUUUUGCAGGUUGUGCUCAAAUCUCACAAGCUUUCCUUGACUCUGGACCCCCCUAAAGAGCAGUCAACUCGGGCUGCCCAGCCACUUGUUAGCGCGCACAUCACGCUCCAGGAAGACUGCAUCUGGUCACUCAGACUUCAGAUCCACCACGCUCUGUACGAUGGAGUCAGCCUUCCAGCCCUAUUGCGACGAUUAUCUCAACUACUAAAUGGCUCUAUUGCCGUCGAGAACAAUGGGCUUACUCAGUGGAAGAAUUUUGCAGUCCGUCAGGCUAGUGAAGCAGCCCAUAAAGAUAGACGAGCUUUCUGGAAAGCUUACUUACACGGCACCUCUUCCACUCCGAUUGCUGCUGAAUCGCAAGCAGACGUAAAGAACCGGAUUUCUUACUUAAACGAAUCAGCGAUACCAGAUGCCAGUCAGAUACAAGCCAUUUCUACCCAGUCUGGCGUCUCACUCCAGUCUUGGUUCCUUGCAGCUUAUGCCAAAACCCUCGCCACGCGAAACAACACACCAGACAACGGGUCAGUGGUGUUUGGCCUGUAUCUCGCCAACCGAGCUGCUGCCAGCGAUAGGCUCCCUCAGGUCUAUCCGACUCUGAACCUUGUUCCUUUGAGGGUUGACUCACCCAUAGAACUCCCUUUGUCUUCUGUUGCAAAGAAUAUUCAGAGAGACAUUCACCAGAUUACAUCUGAUGGACGAUCAGACGUCGGUCUCUGGGAGAUUUAUCAAUGGACUGGUGUACAAGUAGAAUCAUUUGUCAACUUCCUGAGCCUCUCCGACGAUACAGGCUCAGUAGAGAACUCGGUCACAGUUUUGCCACAAGAAAUAACUGACAACUCAUACCGUCAUCACGUACCAGCUCUAUUUGAGGCGGCUCGUCAGGAAAGCUUUUCGGUGACUGGCAUUCCGCUGGCUGUUGAUGUUGAGGCUUCCGUUGAUAAGGGACGUCUUGCCAUUGGUGUUUUCGGCUCACAGCAGCAGAUCUCUCGAGAAGAAGCUGUACUUGUGGUUUCCAGUAUCGCGGACACUUUGAGGCAUGCCGCCCGAAUGAUCAUGGCGGCGAAAAGAAAGGAAACCCAUCGUAUUUAG